AUGGAACACUUUCGUGUCGAACCCGUUUAUGCUAUAGAUCUGCACUCAGGUGUUGCGCAUGUUAUCGUUACUAUCAGUUAUAUCUUCAGUGGGGUGGUCAAUAGAUCCCAGAUUGAAUCUGCAGUCAAUGUUCUUAUUCAAAAAUGGCCAAUACUAGGGGUCCACCUCCGCCGUUCUAGUUUGAAUGUACUAGAAGCUCUGAUUCCUGAUGCUCGACAUGCAGUCUUGGCUACCACAUUUUAUGUCACAUCUAAAGGAAUCCAUCAAGUCGAAACCUUGCCCGCUCGAACCUCAACCAUCACAACUCAGAGGCUCUCUCGCAACCUCAAGCUCUAUUUCGAAAAGUCGCAGCCCACACUCGAAGAACUAGUUUCAUCUCAAUCGCCUGCGUCCCAGCUUCACGUCUCAUGUCUAGCAGACGCGACAGUUUUCGCAUUUACUUUUGCUCAUGUGAUCAUGGGCGCAUCAGCUGUAGGGUCAGUAAUGCGUAGUCUCGCCUCGCUCCUUGAAGGAAAAGAACUCUUGGACGAGCUCGAGGGGGACCCUUGGGUGGACCUUCUUAAUACCGCUCCUCCAGGGGCCAAUUCGAAUUUGAGAGGGUGGUCGACGUAUGGUCCUUCAGACUUUCUGGCAUCGGCCGAGAUGGAGCGUAUAGACCUUGAGCAAGAUGGCUCCAUCUCGCAGCGUACAAUUUAUUUCCCUCCUUCUGAGAUUGCACAGCUGAAGGAGCAGGCGAUGAAGGAGCUUAAGACGCUUGGGUUAGAGGUACCGUUCUUAAGCUCGGGCGAUGUAAUUGUCGCGUGGCUGUACAAGCAUUUUUAUGGAGACAAACAAUAUGAUGCUGAGCGAACUAAUCGUCUAAUUUAUGCGCUGGAUGCUCAAAUACGACUGGCCGAAUCCUUCCCUCCUGAUAAGGUGUACCUCAAAAAUACCCAGAUUUUCAAUGCUACGAGCAAUCCCAUUCCUCCUGGGGAGCGAGUUUUUCUUGCAUCUAACUGGUUGACGUUUGAUUUCGGAAACUUGGACAUUUCCAAAGUUAUCAAACCCAGUACUGGUACCGGCAAAGUUUUGGAUAUUUAUUGUUGUAUACCCGACAUCCCUCGGUGCAGUGGGUGUAUUACAUUCCGGGACCAAGAUGGGGGAAUCAACGCCGUGUUUGAUUGGGCAGAAGUUAAUUGGACAUCGGGAUCAAUUGCGAAAUAUGCAAUCGAAAACACAGUAUCUGAUAAAGAUUUUACAAAACCUACCCCGGGCGGGGUCAACGGUCUAUAG